CCCACGGCGCCGGGCCGCCGGCCGGAUGGGGCCAUGGCGGAGCAGCGCAAGUGCACGUUGAGCAAGCUGCGGGGGGACGCCCUGUGCGCCUUCAGCUACGGGGGCCCCCCGUGCUCCGGCCAGGGGCCCGAGCUGCAGCCAGGACACGGCGGCAGCACCAACCUGCUCAGCGGCAGCUGGGUCUUCUACAGCGCGGGGGGCGCCUCCUGCCCGCCGGCCGCCCUGCUCAGCCCCGGGAAAGCCGUGCUCACCGUGGAUGCUUCGUCUACCCAGAUCCUGACGGCCAACAAGGCAGCCUGUGCCCUGCUGGGGGUGAUGGGCACCCAGGUGGGCAGUAAGCGACUCUGCGACUUCCUGGUUAUGAAGAAGGGGCAGUACGCCCUGGCGGAUGCCGACGUCGACAAGGCCGGAGAGGUGGUGGUCAUCGCUGGGAAAGUGAUGGACCUGAUCGACAGUGACGGUGAGGUGGUGCCGGUAUCCGUCUGGGUCCGUAAGCUCGACUCGGACUCUGAGCCCCGCUGCCUGGUGGUCAUGGAACCCGUUCAGAGGACCACAGCUACGGUCACCUUUGAUGCCGCCAGGGGCCAGAUCCUGACUGCGGACAAGAGCCUAGCCGUCCUGUGUGGUUAUUCCGAAGGUUCAGACCUGGAGGGUACUCCUAUCACGGACAUCAUCCCGUCCCUGGUGCUGCCCCCUGCCGAAGACGGUGUGCUCAAGACGGUGCGCAAGCAGCAGGCCACGGGGCGCACGCGGGACGGCGGCAGUUUCCCGCUGAGCAUCCUGCUGGAGCCGCUCUCCGACGGCGUGGAGGGGCGGGGGCCGCCUUCCCUCCCGACGGCCUACCGAGGCGUUGUCUGGGUGUUUGCCAACAUCAGCGGCAUGAUCACGGUGCUGCCAGACGGAUGCAUCCACUCCUGCAACACAAACUUCUCUCUCAUGCUCUUCGGAUACAGCCAGUCCCAGCUUCAGGGGAAGCACAUUACGGUGCGAUCCACGUCGGCAGCGGAGCCCCUGGCUCCGCUGGUAGGCCCGUCCGGGGAGGGCGGGGAAACUUCGGGGGCAGCGGGGACGAGCGGGGACAUCAACGGCAACGUGGGGCUCAAGGUUUCGACGAGUGCCGACCAGCUGGACUCGUGUCCCUUGAGGGGCGGGGGCGACCUCUAUUCGGGAGACUCGUCCACGCUCAAGACGGAGACCCAGCACCGCGGGGCACACCACGCAUCCCGAGAGGACUCCUCGUGCACCUCUUCCGCUCGUCUCCUGCGCGGGCUCGUCGAAGAGGAGGAGGACGAAGACGACCUCGUGCUCCCCUUGGGCGAGGUGCGCCUCUCGACGUCGGACAGCUUCCACUCCACGUCGACGAUGACGUCGAGCACGGUGCACAGCUCGGAGGAGAACACGCAGGAGGACGGGGCGCCACGCCGCAACUCCUGGCGCCCCAACAACGUUUCCCCGUCGUCCAGGGCGGGCGAGGACGCAGCGUCGGGGGAGCGGGCCCUCCGUGCCGAGCUCAAGACCUUCAGGAGCUCCGAAUCACUGCUGAGCAUCGCUGAGGGGUCCUAUACGGGUCAAGGUCGUCAUCGAGACGGCUCCCACAUUGCGAUAGUGUACCAGAUCCGGAGGGUGGAGCUGGAGGAAGGAUCCUCCAUCUACUGUCUCUGGGUGUCGCGUGACCUGGAGGUGGAUGGUUACGUGCCCCAGUACCCGACACCGUCCUGCCCACUCAGGUCCCUCACCCUCGGAUCGUCCUGCUCGGACGGCGAAUCGUCGCACAACAACGCCGACCCGGAGGACCCCGAUCACAAUGCCGCACCCAACGAGUCUGCAGAGAGUACAGAGUCCGAGUACACUGGAGGCAUCUAUUCGGACCACUACACCACCCUGCAACAGAUCGGCAAGGGUGCCUACGGCUGCGUCAAGAUGGCGUACCGCAAGACCGACCGCCUUCUGGUGAUCACCAAGUUCAUCCGCAAGAGCAAGGUGUACGAAGAGAGCUGGGUGACGGACAGUCUGAUUGGCCGGGUUGUGCCCCUGGAAGUGAGCCUGCUCACCACCCUGCACCACCCCAACAUUGUCAGGGUGCUGGACGUCUUCGAAAACGCCGGACACUUCCAGAUGGUCAUGGAGAAGCACGGCGCCGGCAUGGACCUCUUCGAGUUCAUCGACAGGUCCCCCUGCCUCGACGAGCCCUUGGCCUCCUAUGUCUUCCGCCAGGUGGUCAGUGCCCUGUCCUACCUGCACGGCCUGCGGGUGCUCCACCGGGACGUGAAGGACGAGAACAUCAUCCUGGACGAGUGCUUCCACGUCAAGCUCAUCGACUUCGGCUCGGCUGCCUUCAUGGGCCCCGACCGGUACUUCACCACCUUCUGCGGCACCGUCGAAUACUGCAGCCGGAGGUUCUGCAGGGCAACCCCUACGCUGGGCCCGAGCUGGAGAUGUGGGCCUUGGGGGUGACGCUGUACACCCUCAUCUUCGGGGAGAACCCCUUCCUGGACGUCGAGGAGACCAUCUCAGCCUGUCUGAGGCCCCCAUACGAGACCUCCGAAGAGCUGUGGGGUCUGGUCUCGUGGCUGCUGCACCGUGACCCCCAGAAGCGUUGCACCCUGCCGGAAGCGGAGCGCCACCCGUGGACCACGCAGCCCGUGUGCCCGGAAAGCUACCGCUUCGAAGACGUGGUUCAUGCCACCCCGGAGGAGAUCUGUCCAUCCAAGUACUUCCAGCAAGACGGCUCUAUCUACUUCAGCUGCAGCCUGUAUGACAUUGGCAAGGGGGCGGCGGCCGCUCGUACCCCGAGCUGCGGCAGCUCGGCCAGCCGUUCGAGCCACACGAGGGUCCAGUCGCACGGUCUUGCUACGGCCAACCCUGACGAAGCGGCCGACCCUGACGGAGCGGCCGCGGCUGGCACGUCCGGUCCGAUCUACGAGUCGACCGACAUCUUAGAAGGCCUGGAAAGCUGUUCCUAGAAAAGACGGGUCUCGGCCUGCGUCUUCAUUAACCCGUCCCUCUUUUAAAAUUUAUUUCGGUUUAAAAUUUUAGGUGAAGAAUCCGACGUCGUUUUUACACUUUACAAGCCCCUCAUAUUUACUUUCUUUUAAAUUUGCGAAUCUUCCAACGGCAGUGCGUCGCGACUUGCUUCGUCUUGUUUUGGUCUAAAUUUUUGGACCGGAACCUACCGUCAUUUUUGCACUUCUCGAACCGCUCGUAGUCACUGUUCGGAUUCGCAGGAUCCUCGACACCGGCGCGUCGGGACUCGCUCAGAAUCUUUAGCACUGUGGCGGAGUUUUACGGUGCAUUUGUUAUUCCGCGGCAAAGUGAGCUCUUUUGCCGAGUGUUAUAUAACGGAUCGCGUUGCGUCUUAGAACUUGAAAAGGGAACAGAACACAUAAACAUUAUAUUAUAUAUAUAUUUUUUACUGUGGCGUCACGCUUAGUUUUUUAGAGUUUUGAAAAUGUCCGAAUGGUUUUGAUGGGAAUGACGCAAUAUUCUCGACCCGCAAGACUUGUACAUAUGACGCAACCAUGUUUCUUUUUUCUUUCUUGGCCGACAUUCCAAAGCUAUGAAAACGGCGAGACCUGCAACAAAGGUUUUGGGAGCACUCUGUUGAUUGAAGCCUGUGUUGCUGGUCUCCCUUUUUCUCAAUUUUUUUUACUCUCCCGGCAAAAAACAGUUGUCGGAACAUUUAGCUUAACCAUGUCCUAAGCCACAUCACCUGUUCUUUUUCUGGCUUAUUCUUGCAGCCAAAGUUUCAUGCCUCCCAAAUCGCCGAAGAACUCUUAGUGUGAAUAUUUGAACGAAAAAAAGCCCAACGUGGCUUUGAACAGGUUUUGAGCAGAGAACUGUACAUACAUGUAUUUAUUGACAAAUAAAUGUUUACUAGAAGAA